UGUGUUCAGUGGCAUUCCUUGGUUACAAUUAUUUUGGAUUGAAAGAUUUCGAACUCUGGCGCUGCCCUGUUGGGAUGUUGUGGCGGGAGGCGUUUUGUUUACCUAGAGCGCUAGUGGUGGGCUCAAGAGGAGGUGAGAAUCCGAGGGGGUUCUGAGGCGUCUCUGAAGCCGGUGGGCUCUGCGAUGAAGAAGAUUUUUGGCUUUGGGAAUCGGAAGGGCAAGUCGCCCUUGGGCUCGUUAACUAGCCCGCGGAGCAAAGGCGUUGGCAUGAUGGCUGAGACUGGUAAUACAGUCCCCUUGGGGUCUGGGUACCACAUCCGAGACAAAGAUCUGGGUAAGAUCCACAAAGCUGCCAGCGUGGGCGACGUAGCGAAAGUGCAGCAGCUUCUAUUGCUCCGGAUAAAUGGCUUGAAUGACAGAGACAGGAUGAACAGGACUGCUCUGCAUCUGGCCUGUGCCUGUGGUCACCUGGGAGUGGUGACUCUGCUAACAGACAGGAAAUGCGAGCUGAACCUCCGUGACAAUGAGAACAGGACAGCUCUGAUGAAGGCCGUACAGUGUCAAGAAGAAGAGUGUGUGAGUCUCCUGCUGGAAUGUGGUGCUGAUCCAAAUAUAAUGGACAUCCAUGGCAACACCGCUCUCCACCACGCAGCCCUGGGUUGGAACAUCACGAUAGCCGCAAAGCUGCUGCAACACCAGGCAGAUAUGGAAGCAAGGAACAAGGAUGAUCUCACACCCCUUUCACUUGCUGUACGUGAAAACAAUCAGCAAAUGGUGGAAUUUUUAGUAAAAAGAAAUGCAAACGUACAUGCGGUUGAUAAGAUGAAAAGCAAUCACAAACUAAUUUUUGAAUCUAAAGAAGAAGGGAGGUGUAAAAUAUCUUCUGAGAACAGCAAUCUAGUGGAUGAGUGUUCUGAAGAAGACUCUGUAAGCAGUCUUUCCAAAAAACCUGGCAUUGAUGAUUCAUGGCCUACAUCAGAUGAUGAAGACUUUGAUUUUGAUACCAAGAAUGUCGUGAAACCAAGCUUAGCAAAGCUAAUGACUGCUGUUCAACAAUCCCAGAAAAACAUAGAAGCAAAAUAUGCCAUUGUGAGACCUGAAAAUAAGAUCUUCUAUGAGGACAAUAAAUCUCAUAGUGAGAAUGAAGAUCUGGCUGAGACCCUUCCCAAACCGUCAAAAACAGUCCAGGGCCUUUCUCAUCCUGAUUUUCCAUCACCUGAACCUCUUGUAAAACCUCCUUUCAUGCCUUUAACAGUCACUGGUCUUGCAAAGGAAGAAGCAAUAAAGCCGGCAAUUGGAAAAAAAGAAAAUGGUGUGGAUAUUAUUGAAAGUGCUCCACAAGAGCAAACCAGUAAUGACAAUUUGACUUACGUUGAUGGAGCACACAAAAGUAAUAGAAGUGAUAAAAUGUUAGCAGUAGGAUUAGAAGAAGAAGAAGAAGAAGAAGAAGAUGUAGAAUCACCUUGGGAUUCUGAGAGUUUCUCUGCAAGCCUUCCACAGAAGUAUGUUGAUCAUUUCUCUGGCACUGCAGAUCAAAGAGGAAAAAAUACACUUACUGGACAAGUAGAAGAUUCUCCUGAAAAAUAUCCUCACUUGAAGCUUACUGUUGAAGCAAAAGAUCCUGACCCUAACAAAGCUGUAGGAAUGGAGGAUGUGCAAACACCCACAUCAGAUUUGUCAGCAGAACUAGACUUAGAAAUUACAUCAGAAGAAGGGCAAGAAAGCCUUGAUGGAAGUGAAAAUAAUUACCCACAGAUUGAAGAAGAAAAGAAGCACGAAAGUAGUGAAAUGGAAGUAACAGAACACAUAUAUAAUGCUGCUGCUGAUGACAGCCGUGGAUUAAUUCAAGAAAGAAAGAGUGGAAAAACUGAUGACCAGCAAUUUCCUAUUAUGGAGAAUGAAGAUUCUGAUAGGUCAGCAAAAAGAACAUCUAAUGAAGAGAUCAAGGUCAAAGAGCAAAUGAAUUCGGUAGAUGACCUUGAAGACUUAACUCAAUCUUCUGAAACAGUUUCAGAACAUUGGGAGUUGCCUUACUCCAAUUAUCAGAAUUCCAUGUUGCUAAUUGAACAACUUGGCAUGGAUUGUAAAGAUUCUGUUAGCUUGUUGAAAAUUCAAGAUGCCAUUAUUUCAUAUGAAAGAUUAAUAGAACUUAGAAAAAAUCACUGUGAGUCACUUACAGGAAAAAUAAAAAAAAUGGAAAAUAAGGUUAGUGGACUACAAAAAGAGCUAUCAGAAACAAAAGAAAUGAAAUCACAGUUAGAGCAUCAAAAAGUGGAAUGGGAACAAGAACUCUGCAAUUUGAGAUUUACCUUACAACAAGAAAAAGAGAAAAGAAGAAACACUGAUAUGUUAUAUAAAAAAAUCAGGGAGCAGUUAAGAAAAAAAGAAGAGCAAUAUAGUAAAGAAGUGGACAUGAAACAACAACUUGAAAUCACUCUUCGAACACUAGAUAUGGAAUUGAAGACUGUAAGAAAUAAUUUCAAUCAGGUUGUGGAAGAGCUAAAUGACUCUCAGAGGCAACUUUCUCGAGAACAAAAUGCCAGAAUAUUACAAGAUGGAAUUCUGACCAAUCUCCUUUGCAAACAAAAGGAGGUGGAAACAGCUCAUAAGAAAAUGAAUUCUGAGGUUUCUGAGAGUCCUGAAAAAGAUCUGUUGCAUGAAAACCGCAUGUUGCAGGAUGAAAUUGCCAUGUUGAAACUGGAAAUAGACACCAUGAAAAAUCAGAAGCAGGAAAUGGAAAAGAAGUAUUUGGAGGACAUUGCCAUUGUAAAAGAAAAGAACGACCGUCUUCAAAGGACAAUAAAACUGAAUGAGGACACACUAAUGAAAACAAUAUUUCAAUGUAAUGGACAGCUGAAUGUUCUGACAGCUGAGAAUACAAUGCUAAACUCUAAACUGGAGAGUGAAAAACAAAACAAAGAAAGAUUGGAAACAGAAGUUGAAUCGUACCGUUCUAGACUGGCUGCUGCGAUCCAUGAUCAUGAGCAAAGUCAGACAUCAAGAAGAGACCUAGAACUUGCUUUCCAGAGAGCAAGAGACGAAUGGUUUCAUUUACGGGACAAAAUGAAUUUUGAUAUGUCUAACCUAAAAGAUAACAGUGAGAUUCUUUCUCAACAACUUUCUAAGGCUGAAAGUAAAUUCACUAGUCUAGAAACUGAGUGCCAUCACACAAGAGUUGCUCUUAGAGAAACAACUUCAGUUUUAGAACGUGUUCACAGAGACCUAAGCCAAACACAAUGUAAGAAGAAGGAAAUUGAACACAUGUAUCAAAAUGAACAAGAUAAAGUGAAUAAAUACAUUGGAAAGCAGGAAUCCUUAGAGGAGAGAUUUUCUCACCUACAAAGUGAAAAUAUGUUGCUACGACAGCAACUGGAUGAUGCUCACAACAAAAGUGACAAUAAAGAAAAGACAGUAAUUAAUAUCCAAGACCAGUUUCAGGAUAUCAUAAAAAUACUUCGAGCUGAAAGUGAAAAACAAGGUCGUAUGCUAGAAGAAAGAAAUAAAGAGUUAAUCAAAGAAUGUAAUCAUUUAAAAGAAAGAAUUAGUCAAUAUGAAACUGAUAAAGCAGAAAGAGAGGUAGUUAUUAGACAACUUCAACAAGAAUUGGCUGAUACCCUAAAAAAACAAUCUAUGUCAGAGGCUUCACUGGAGGUUAUAUCACGUUAUCGUAUGAAUUUAGAAGAUGAGACACAGGAUUUAAAGAAGAAAUUAAAUGAAAUCAGAAAUCAAUUGCUUGAAGCAAACGAUCGACAUACAGAGGCCGUAAGAUAUGCUGAGAAGACGCAAGAUCACAUGCAAAAGCUUGAAACUGAAAAUGCUGAGUUAAAAGUGACAAUUGAAAAGCAAGUGGGCAGAUUUGAACAGCUUCAGAGAAACCUCUUACGUAUAAGUUCAUCUGAGAAUGAAAAGGAACAAUUGAAGAAAUGUGUUGAAUUAAAACAAUCUCUGGAAUAUAGUUUGGAUGAAGAAAUGAAGAAAAAUGGUGAAUUAGAAAAAGAGAUUACCAGAUUUAAGAAACUCUUAAAAAUUGCAAGAAGGAAGUUAAAUGCAUACGAAAAUGGAGAGCUUAGUUUCCCUGGAGAUUUGAAACCCAAUCAAAUUGAAGUGGAUAUUCAGAUUAAUAUGUUAAAACAGAAGAUUGAUGAUCUCACAGCAAAACUGGAAAUUACAUCUUCAGAACGUCUACGUCUGGAUGAAAAAAAUCAAUUUCUUCAACGGGAGUUAUUAUCUAUGAAAGGAAUACAAAAGAAAUGUGAAAAACUAGAGAAUAAAAAUAUGGAGUUGAAACAAGAAUUAUUUAACCUCAAAAGUCAUAUAGAAAUGAAUAUGGUAGAAUACAGUGAAGUAGAACUGUAUAAACGGGAGAUUGAAGAACGAGCAAGGCAGGAAGUAGUAGAAAAAUUAAAAGAAGUCAAUCUAUUUUUACAGGCACAAGCAGCAUCUCAAGAAAACUUAGAACAGUUAAGAGAGAACAACUAUGUUUCAAUGAAAAGUCAAAUGGAACUCAGAAUUAAAAGUCUGGAAUCUGAACUCUCUAAAAUGAAAACUGCUCAAGAAGAUUCUAAUAAAAUAGAAUUGGAAAAAUAUAAGCUACUCUAUCUAGAGGAAUUAAAAGUUAGAAAGUCAUUGGCAACUAAACUAAACAAGACUAAUGAUAGGCUGGCAGAGAUCAGUACCCAGCUUCUUGUGAAGGAACGGCAGAACACUUUACUCAGCACUGCUCUUACGAGGCCAGUCCUGGAGCUGCCUUGUGUUGGAAGUUUUAAUACGAGGUUACUCCUCAGUAGAAAUCCUGCUCCAAGAGAAAACUUGGUGAUUAGUACGUCAGCCUCACAGACUUCAAAUGAUAGUAUGGAGGCUUAUUUGACCAAGAUGCAGCGGGAGUUGGAAAAAAAUAUAACUAGAGAACUAAAAGAAGGUGCUGCUGAAUUUGAAUCUGAAUCCUGUAGACUUUUUCCUCCAGUAUCUACUGAUGAUCUAGUUUUGAAAGCGUCACAAGAAUAUGUACAGAUUUUGAAUAAAAAGUAUAUGAUCUGAAACACAAAUAGUACAAAUUUAUUUACUGGACUGUUUAUAUAACACUUUGUUUCCCAUGUAACAUAUGGC